AUGGGCGGCGUCCGGGUCCGCACGGCCUGGAACCACCACCUGGCCGCCCCCUUUGCCGGCGACUCCUGCAUCUCGCGCAUCCUCGUUGUCUCGGGCUCUCCGGUCGUCGUCGACCGCGCCGCCAUCGAGGCCGUCGUGAGCGCUGUUAGCGCCUUAACGCUGCAGGACGUGAUCGUGGCCGACAACUCGCCCGCCAACCGCACACUCGUGUUCCAGUCUAGGUCGUUCCGUGCCAAGUACGCCAUCGCAGUCAUCAUGCCCACGUGGCUAGAGGUGCGCGUGCGCUUCGGCGUCGACCCGCUGUCCGUCGCCGCCGCUGCACUGGCACGACUGCUGCGCAAGCCGCGUGGUGCUGCCGCUGCCCCCCGUUCUGGCCGUCGCGACGCGUUCGGCUUCUUGAACAAAGCCGACGGCACGAUUCGGCGCGGUUAG